AGUACAUCAGGCAUGGGUGGACUGCCACCCGAACGACCCCAGGACCACAAAAUCGAGCUGGAGCUUGGCGUGCAGCCUACUAUACGCACGCAAUGGCGCCUGAAUCAGCCAGAGCUACAGGAGUUACGAAACUUGCUGGACUACCUGCUGGCGAAAGGGUUCAUUCGGCCGAGCACAUCACCAUUUGCAGCACCAAUCCUGUUCAUGCCAAAAAAAGACGGCGGACUUCGCAUGUGUACGGACUACCGUGCCCUUAACCGGGAAACGAUAAAGUCGCGCUACCCAAUACCACGCACGGACGAACUGAUCAACAACCUUUGCGGAGCUCGCUAUUUUUCGAAGAUAGAUCUUUGCGGCGGUUACCAUCAAAUUCGGGCUUACGAAUACACGGUGAUGCCGUUUGGAUUAACGAACGCCCCCUCGACGUUUCAACUCACCAUGAAUGGGGUAUUCCGCGAUCUACUCGACAAAUGCGUGAUAAUUUACCUGGACGACAUCCUGAUCUACAGCAAGACCCGUGAGCAACAUUUGAAGGAUUUGGAAGCGGUUUUUCAGCGGUUGCAGCAGCAUCGUCUCAUCACCAAGGGCUCCAAGUGCGAGUUUUUAAAACAAGAACUGGAGUUCCUGGGGCAUGUGAUCUCCACGGAGGGGAUCCGGAUAGACCCGAAAAAACUCCGGGAAAUACAGGAAUGGAAACCACCAACCAAUCUGCAGCAGCUGCAAUCCUUUUUGGGUUCCGUGAAUUACGUGCGGCGGUUUAUACCCAAUAUGGCGGGGUUAACUGAACCUCUAACUGACCUACUGCAGAAGAGGACUUUUUACGAGUGGGGGGAGAAGCAACAAGCUGCGUUCGAGGCAUUAAAAAACUUUUUAAUGUCGCCACCAGUACUUCGCAUCGGUGACCCGGAACGGCCUUUCGAAGUCAUCACCGACGCAAGUGACAUCGCCAUCGGAGCAGUUCUCAUGCAGGAUUUCGGCAAUGGGCUUCAACCAAUUGCGUACGAGUCUCGAAAAAUGCAAUCUGCUGACCGCAACUACCCAGUACACGACAAGGAGAUGCUGGCGAUCGUCCACGCGUUCAAAAUCUGGAGGUGCUACCUGACUGGAGCAGACGUGACGGUGCGAACCGACCACAAAUCACUACAGUAUCUGAGAGCGCAGCCGAAUCUCAACCCGCGGCAUAUACGCUGGCUGGACUACCUGCAAUCCAAUUUCACGUAUAAAAAGGGCGCCAACAAUAUUGCCGACGCCCUUUCCAGACCAUCUGCCCAACUCGCAGCAGUACUAGUCGCCCAGAACAACCCGCUACUGAGCAUCUAUUACUUACGAAGCGGGACUGAUCGAAUUUGGGUCCCAAGUUAUCGUCUACUUCGCGAAUUACUAAUUCAAGAAGUCCACGAUUCGAAUUUAUCGGGACAUUUCGGGGUUGACAAAACUUUGAAGGCGUUGCAGCGGUUUUAUUACUGGUCAGAUAUGGUGACGGACGUGCAGCGUUACGUGGCCGCGUGUCCGAUCUGCCAGCGAAUGAAGUCAUCACACCAGCGACCUACAGGGCUGUUGCAGCCCCUCGAGCCACCUCAACGCCCAUGGCAACACGUAACGAUGGAUUUCGUUACGGGACUACCGGCCGGACCUAGCGGAAACGACGCAGUUUUGGUUGUCGUCGACCGACUGACGAAGAUGGCGCAUUUCGCACCAUGUCGUACAACCAUCACAGCCGAAGAAACAGCGCGCGUGUUCAUCUCGACCGUUGUCCGUCUACACAGGAAACCAGCAGCAAUCAUUAGUGACCGAGAUCCGAAGUUCACGUCAAAAUUCUGGCAGGACGCGUGGGCUCGGUACGGCACGCGUCUAGAGUUCUCAUCCGCUUAUCAUCCCCAAACGGACGCCCAGACUGAAAGGACAAAUCAAACAAUGGAGCAGUUGAUUCGGACAAACUGCCCCGACCGGAAAAAAAUGGGAGGAUGUGCUGCCCAUGUUGGAAUUUUCCUACAACAACGCGCCCUCGGCUACGACUAAUCACUCCCCGUUUUAUCUCAAUUACG